AUGGAGGUUGACAUACCGACGCGUCCGUCCACAACGGGUGACCCCCGCUUAAGCAAGGGACCUCAACAUCUCCAAAUCAACACCUCCAUCCUUUCACCUCGUCAAACCCCCUCAAAUCUACCAAGCACUUCGCGCGUUCCUUCCGUUCCAGUACGAUCCAAGUCAACAUCGGAUAUAAUCUCCGAAAAUGAGGGUCCAUCGAAUGAAGUCGAGUCUCAAAUUGCCGCCCCAGUCGAAGGGAAUGACCUUAUGAAAGCUUUAUUUCAGUUUACAGAAACACGGUUUAAGGUUUUAUCCGAGCAAGAGGAGAAAAAGAGACUGGAAAGCGCCGCUCUUCUCCACGAACGGGAUGUAGAGCGAGUGAAGAAAACAAGUGCAUUUCCUGCCGCUAUGCACAUGUUCAAGUGGGCAAAGGAAAAGAGCGAUAAUGAGAUUGAAAAGCUCGAUACAUCGCUCGAGGAGCACCAAGCUGUCUGCCAGCAAUUAAUGGCUCAAAUUUCCAGGAAUGUGAAUUUCGGUUUCUCUCCGGCAUCUCCUAUCUCAUCCUCAAAAGCAUUGCCUCCACCUCCGUCUUCCGAAUAUGACAAAGAGAGGAUUGACAAGCUGACGGCUGAGGUUGAAGAGCUUAAGGAAACUAGUGACAAGAUGGUGAACAGCGUCAAGUUUUAUCAAGGCAGAAUUAAUCGUCUAAACACUGACGCUGAUGAGUUUCAAUCAUGGAGGCAGAAUCUUGAGACUGGUUUACUUCAAUUGCCAUUGCAGACAACGCCUGAAGCCAUAUCUAAUUUGCCUCAAGAUGUGAGAGAGGCCCAAGCAAAGGCCGAUGAAGCGCAUAGAAUUGCGACCAAUGCGAAUCAAGAGAAUUUCAGUGUGACACAGAAAGUCGAUGCCCUAAAAACUGCUGUGUCACAAAUUCCCCGCCCUGAUUUGAUUGCAAUUGCCGAGCAGCGAUCUUCGCUAGAGAACCUAAAGGCUCUUAGCGAAAGCCACACCUCGCAGAUGAGCGAGCUUAAAAUUUACGUUGAUAACGCAAUUAAGGGCUUGCCCAGUGGGGAUCAACUACGUGCGCAACUUACAAAUGAAGGACGUCACGUUGUACCCCAGACUCCCAACGACCGUGACCUGAUGAAAACAUGGGCCACCAGGUUCGAAGGCCUCGAAACAAUGCAAGUGCAGCUUGAAAGUAAGACCAAUGUUACAUUGGAGCAGCUCAGACGUCUAUUGCAGCAAGAGGGUCGUUGGAACCACACAUCCGAUCUUCUGGACAAAUCUCUAAGGCUGCUCAAGUCUUGCGAAGUCGGAGUUCGGUCACUGGAGAAACGUUACGAGAACAUCAACACCGGAGACUUGGUGAAGCAAAUGUCUCGUUUCAUAAUAGAGACUUAUUCCACGGUCCCUCAACUGAGAGAGGAAAUCUUCGCUUACAAAACACAACUGAGAAAUGAGAUUCAAAUUCUACAACAUCGGACAAAUAUUGUUGACACCUCAUCAUCGAUUUCCGACGAGUCGAUGAGAAAGGUCGAAGACCUCAUUAAACUCCAGCUUAGUCCUCUGGUAGAAGAGCAGUUUUCUCAGUCAGCGAGCAUCACCAAGCAGCUCCGAGAUCUUCAUGAACUUCAAGGCAGACUUGAAUCACACUCCACCGCGUUUCAAUUACUCAUAGAUGAGGACAUUAGCAUACUCGGCAAUAAGGGAGAGAAACUAUCAGCCGACAUACAAUUAUUGACCGAAUCUUGGCAGAGUAAGCUUGGGGACCUAACAGGUCAGUUUGAGUUUCUUAAAGCAUCUGUUGAAGAUGUGCCAGGUUGGAUCGAGAAAAUGAAGGUUCUGGAGCCUGUGGACAGAAUUCCCCAGAUUCUAGACGCAUUGGGCUCUGUUGACGAUGUCAAAGAGAUCCGCAAUAUCUUACAAGAAAAGAACAACGCUGUUAGCAGCUUGGAAAAGCUUAACGAUAUGAUCGCGGAUUUGUUUGGCGAACUAGGCGAAAUCAGGAAAAUGAUUGAGCAGAAUCCUGUCCUUCGACAAUCACGUCGGUUGUCACCGACCCCUGUGACCACUGGUCAACUAGAUGGAGCUGAGAAGAUUCCCACUGAAUCACAUACCAUUCCAAACGAUGAACCUGUUCAUUCUCCCGCUGCGCUCCAUGGUGAAUCCUCAGUGCCACCAGCCUCGGCACCAGCAGUCUCUGCCGCCGUGACUACAGCCCGAGCAAACUCAGUCCCAUCAGCCCCAAUCUCCGGAAACUCAACUCCAGGCCCAAACCCAGGGCUGAAAGUCCGAGGUCACGCCGAAAAGAGCCGUUCAAAAAGCAAAAAGCGUCGCAGAUUGGCGUUAGACUCGGAUAACGAAAGUCAUUCAUCUACAUCUUCAUUUCGCAACGGGACACCCACCAGUGUCAAGACCACGAAGCUUCAAAAGAGAAGCAAGAUAUGUGGCCCAUGUACUGCUUAG